GGCCAAUAACCAUGCUCUAUCAAUUUUGCAUAUGCAGUAAAACUGUUCCAGGCAGAUUGAAAAGUAGGGAUUUUCUUGUCUGUUCGACUCUUUUGGACGUUGACCGUCUGUUUGUCCCUUAAAUCCUGGAGCUGUGAGAUCCCGAUCUCAAACAGGUCUGCGUUUAGAGUCUUCCAAUACCUUGCAAUAGUAAGCAGUGCAGAAACCCUCAGGUGAGUAAUGAGAUCCUUGUGGGAAAGUGGCUGGGCAGUUUCUGAAUAACAAAAUAAUAACAGGAUGACAAAAAUGCUAGGAUCCAAAGGGGCAGCUUGUGCUGUGAUAAAGCCCGCUUUUUAAAGCGAAUCUUAAAGUGGCAUAAGAGUGCUUUUAAACGUCUGACGUGCUUGUCACCGGUCUAUCCAGCGGUUGCCAAGGACUCCAACUCCCAACAGCCUCCUCGCACAGCUAAUGCUGAGGGAUGAUGGGAGUUGGAGUCCGGCCACCCCUGGCGGGCAACGAGCAGACCUAGAGCAUGUGCAGAGUUCCUUUCCGCCUCCUGGCGUUCCCGCGCCUCUCCCGUGCGUAAAGGCGCGCAACCACUGCUGCUGGUGAUGGCGGCGGCCGGGCGCUGCUGAGCCUCGGAAGAGGCGGGCCCGGCCCUGCCCCGGCCGCUUGGCCCCGCCUCGCCCCCUCCCCGCCCUCCUCCUCCUUUCCCGGGCGAGCAUGGAGAGCCGCGGCGGAGAGGAAGGCUCCCGAGCUCGGGGGCGCCCGCAGGAGACGCGCUAGGCCAGGCAGCCCCAGCGCCCUCCCCAUGUCGGGCGUGCGGAGGCGGCAGGCGGCCGCGGGGGUCUCGUCGUCGGGCAGGUGAGUCGCCCCUCGGGAAAGGGGAGAUGCUCCCAACCCACCACCCUGGGUGCUGCCCGUUGGUCCAGCCGCUCAGGAGGCUGCUUGGGCUGCAGCGCAGCCCUCGGGCUUUGCAAGCGUGGGGAGACGUAGGUCUCUGCCCCGAAGGCGCUGCAGCGCUUCUCUGUUGCGCCGGGCAGAGAUUGAGGAGGGCGCCUCGGGAAGCCGCCCGCGCAGGGGCAGGCAGGGUAAAGAGAGUGGAGCCUCGCAGGCAAGAGGCCACUUGCUCCAAAGUGCGGUCAGAAUCAGGGCCUUUGAUCAGGGACCCUCCGCACAUUAGCUCAAUAUCCUAUCAUUGCUUGUGGUUUAGACGUGGUUUCGCAACGCCGACUUCUUUGCAUGGAAUCGUUUUAGGUGCGGGAGGAUUUCCCCCGCCCACUCCACAUUUUGCAAGGCUGGUUCUUAUCUGUGGUGAAAUCCUUACAGUACAGUACUUUGGGGGAAAAAAGGAUUUCCCUGAGCAGGCAGGUCUCGUCCCCUCGCGGCGGAAUAUAUCGUGCAAGGCAUGACAGUAGCAGGAAUUAAUGAAAGGCCUCUCUUAUAAGCCCCGAGGAUCAACGACUUUCCUCGCUGAUUUUUUUUUUUUUUUAAUACUGGAUGGAUUUAAUCCGUGUUCUGAGACAAAAUCUCAUGCUUUUCCUAGAAUAAAUUUCUGCGACCCACUUGCCACGCUGUAGCAGAGUUUCUAAACGGAAACAUUUUUGUUUUGGUGCUGAUGUAUAUUUUAACUUUGUUUUAUUAUGAAAAUUUGUGGUUGUUUAAUUUGUUUGUGAACCGCCUUGGUAAUUCCUAUUCGGAAUGAAAGCUGAUGCAUAAAUUCCUUGAAUUGACUAAUAAAUUUGUAUGCAUUUUUGAAAGCCUUACACCAGCACCCUGAAAAAUUCUUUAUUUCCAGUUUGAUAGAAGAAACUGCAUCAUAUCACGUUUUUUAAAAACCAGCUGAAGUUCUGUAGAAGACUUCAGUCCUCUGAGGGUAGUAUCUGGGACCUUCUCUGUGGAGUUCAAAUUUAAACUAGAUCCAGCUCUAGAAUUCCAGAACCAUCCCAAAUAUUUAGUUAAUGAAUCUGUUAAGUGUCACUCUCUCACUUGUUAUAUUUUAAUUUAAUUCUUCAUUCUAGACAAUUUGUGUACUGCUUAAUUACAAUCUUAUCUGAGCGCAUCUGUGUCUAAAGAAAUGACAAGAAGGCUUUUAUGGGCAAAGGGACUACUUCAAAGCAGACUUCCCCAACCUAGUUUUAAGUGCCCCCCACCAACAUUUUGGGGCUUCCAUCAGGCCCAGCCAGCACAGCUUUAUUGUAGUCCAAAACAUCUGGAGGGCAGCAGUUUGGGAAAGGUUGCAUCUAAGCCCAGAAAGCCCCUCUCUUUUGUCUCCCCAUAAAGCAUGCAUUAAAGCUGACUUUCCACAGUAGGAGGCAGCAGUGCUUCUGAAUAAAACCAUUUGUUGGGAACCAUGGGAGCGAAGAUGGCUUUUAUGCUGGGGUCCUGCUUGUGGGCUUCCAACAGGCACUGUGAGAAUAGGAUGCUGGACUGAAUGGGCCACUGAAUGGGCCUGAUCCAGCAGGGCUCUUAUAUGAUGAGCUUCUUGAGACAAGAGACCUCUGAUGGGGAGGGACAGCCAUCUCAAGAGACAUGAGUUUUGUGGCACUUUAAAGAUAGAAGAUGUUAUGUACUGAGUUGAAUAGGAUCCAAAUGCAGCAGUCUGAUUGGUCCUAGAACAAUAGGAUUCAGAAUGCAGCAGUCUGAUUGGUCCUAGAACAAUACAGCAGUAUGAUUGGUCCGCAGGAGCCACCCAAUCCAGCUCCAGGUGGAAGUGAAUCCGCAACCUGAUUGGCCUACAGGAGAAUCCAGGAAUUAUCCAAUCACGUGCGGCCCAUUGUGUAAAUAAUGUAUAUAAAGCAGAUAUUUUGGGGGAACUUCCAUUUCCGCACUACUAUGAGCUGAAUAAAGAGCAUGAAAUCCACACUCGACACCGAGUAUAUUUCAGAGGAUGUCUCUCAGUGGCUGCUAACCCUGAUCCUCCACCAUCAGAGGCAGCGAUGUUUCUGAAUACCAGUUGCUGCAAACUGCAGGAGGGGAAAGUGCUCUUGUGCUCAGGUGCUGCUGGCAAACUUCCCACAGGCAUCUUUUUGGCCCCUAAGCAGGAUGCUGGAUGGGGCCCCUGUUGCAAGGCCCUUCUGACAUUCUCAGUGUAGCCAAAGGCUUUUGUUGACGAGAGCCCACUAAAUGCUCUGAAUUCUUUGUAGAGAAGAGCUGGUUUUACCCAGUAAACCUGGACCUUGGGGUUAACUGGCAGAAAUAGGGAGAACUUGAGUUAACCAAAGGUGGUCCAGCAAGUGAUCAAUUCCACUCUUGGUUGGCCAGGGUAUAAUCUUUUCCCCACCCACCACCCCAUUAUUUUGACAUAGCCCUACUGCAACUUUCACCAACACACCUCCCCUCCAGAAGUUUCUGAAUCUAGCUUCCAUCAGGCCCACAUCAAGGCCAGUGGGAUGAUGGGGGUUGUAGUCCGAAACAUCUGGAGGGUGCCAGCUUGGUGAAGGUUGCUCUGUUGCAUUGAGUACCACAGGUUAACCCUGCGUGGGUGUGAAAACUUCCUCUUGUUUGCAGUUGUGUUUGUAAGCUGCACGUAACAUUAUUACUAUUUAAUAUAUUUAUAACCCACCUUUCUCCCAAGCUGGGAUCCAAGGCAGCUUCCAACAUUUAAAACAUUGUAAAAUGCAAAAUUAUUUUUUUUAAAAUCCUACCUAAAAAAAAAAAUCAUUAAAAUAUAUCAAAACAUGUUUUAGAACCAGCAAUUCAAGGACAAUUUGCCCAGUGAUCAGCAUCGCCUGCUCCUCAGUUUCCAAAGGUCAGUCUGAACAGGAAGGUGGAAGGAUGACAAAGGCUGGCAGAAGGAUUACAAAGAAGGAGCCAGUCUGGCCUCUCUUGGGAGGGAAUUCUGCAAUAUGGGGGCAUCCACAGAAAAGGCACCCUCUCAUGUGACCACCAACCUUGCCUCUGAUGGUGAUGGGACUGAGAGAAGGUGCUUAUCUUAGCACCCAGGCAGAUUCAUGUAGGGAGGUACGAGAUUUCAGGUAGCCUGGGCCCAAGUCAUAUAGGGCUUUAUAGGUUCUAACAAGCACUUUGAAUUGUGCCCAGAAAGUUGUUUUCGCAGUGGAGUAACCUGUUUCCUGUCACUGGUCUGAGUCAGCAUUCUGGGCCGGCUGAAGCUUCCAAACACUUUUUAAAGCCCUUUCUUUACUAUUGAAUAAUUGUUCUCCUUGGCAGGCAUGGAGUGGCUCAAGAGGAAGACGCCUGCAGGAACCCCCGGUUUCAUUUUGACUUGUGGUUUUAUUUCACUCUGCAGAAUUGGGUGCUGGAUUUUGGGCGCCCCAUUGCCAUGGUGAGUAUCGCUGCAUUUUCAUUGCCAUCCUGUGGCUGUUAAAAAUGUGGGUUCCAGGCAGAAAGAGGUUGGUCACUCUAUGUGACCAGGGGGCAGGGAGCAACGACAAAUUUUGGUCGCAGCAUUUGGAAUUUCCCAGAACCAGGAAUUGUGAGUUCCUCACAUGUUAAAAGAUUUAGGACAGACAACAGAAAGUACACAGUGCCUUAGUUAAGCUCUGGAAUUCCAUGUGAUGCAGUGAUGGACCCCAACUUGGCUGACUUUAAAAGGAAAUUAGGCAAAUUCAGGGAGGGUAAGGUUACCCAUGGCUAGUAGCCAUGAUGGCUGUGCUCAGUUUCAAAGACAGCAUGCCUCUGAAUGCCAACAUCUGGGAAUCACAAGUUGGGAGAGUGCUGUUGCAGCCAGGGACCUGCUUUGGGGCUUCCCUUUGAGGCAUCUGUGAGAACAGCUGGAUGAGAUGGGCCACGCGCUUGAUCCAACUGCAGGGCUCUUCUUCCAUCCAUAAAUUCCUGGGGCAGCAUUACCCAGGCUGCCUUUUCUUUGUAAGAGAGAACGCUAGAGAUUUUGAAAUGCAUGCUUUAUUUACAAGUAUGCUUACAUGAAGGUAAGCUGUGUGCUCCUGUUAAGCAGCAGAUCUGAUAUCCCUUGAGAGGGAGAAGCCUCUCAAGGUGCCUUCCGUGCAGUGUCUCUACCUGUUCCCAAUAUGAAUAGAAGAAGAGGCCUGUUGGAUCAGGCCAAUGGCCCAUCUAGUCCAGCAUCUUGUUCUCACAGUAACCCAAGCACAAAGCACUCCCCCACCCCACUGUGGUUUCCAGCAACUGGUAUUCAGAAGCAUUCCUGCCUCCAACCAGGUUUCUGCCUCCAAACAAAUAUAUGAGAUCUGAGGGUUGCAGCUGUGUAUUAUAUGGGCACAAACUUCCGAAAAAGCUCUGCUAGCUAGCAGGAAUGCAGGGGGCAAUUGUAAGGGGUGGGGUGGGGGUUCAUCCUUCCUUGUGCCUGGAAAUCCUCCCCCACUGCCCCUGCCCUUCAUUUAUGGGGCAACAUGGGGUUGAGAACUGGUGUUUUCUUGAUCGUGGUUAGAGUCUCAGACUUGGACCUGGGUUCAAAUUCCCACUUGGCCAUGAAGCUCACUGGGUGACCUUUGGCCAGUCACUGCCUUUCAGCCUAACCUACCUCAUAGGGUUGUUGUGGGGAUAAAAUGGGAAGAGAACCAAGUAUACCACCUUAAGCUCCUUGUGGGGGGAGUGGGGUGUAAAUGCAAUGAAUGAAUGAUUGUGGUGGUAUCUUUUUCAUUUACUGCAAUCUCUGUUCUGCUUGGGUUUUGCUGCACAAAAGCAGGAAGGAAUGGCUUUUGUGGCCAGCCUUGACAAAAAGACAAUAUAAUAAUAUAAAACAAAACAUUGUGGGCUGCCUGUGAUGAAACUCAUCCCUUCUUCUGUUUUCCAUUCUUUCAGAUCGUUCUUCCGUUGGAAUGGUUUCCCCUGAACAAGCCAAGUGCUGGAGAUUAUUUUCACAUGGCUUACAAUGUCAUAACGCCCUUUAUUCUUCUGAAGGUAAAUUUUUGAGCUGUGUUCUUCUCUCAUUUCUGCUGAGAUCUGUUUGUGUGUUUUGGAAGGCUGAAUAACGGGAAUAAUGAUCAGAGUGGAAAGUGAAUUCUCUGAAACGAUGGUGCUCAGAAGUAGUGCUGUGCCAAAAUUUUUAUCAUGUUCACUUAUUCGUGCCACCAGUUAAUGAGAAAAGAAAUUGCACCAGAGGAGAGGAAAUUUCAAUAAAAUUCUCAUGGGUGGCAUGCAGGGUUUCUGUUGUGCUCACCUUACUCUUGAGAUUGUUCAUGAGAGUCUGUUCUUUCAUUCUGCAAAUCAUCUUGCCAGUGGUCUACUUCACAGCUUUCUUAGGUGAUCGCUCUCUGGUUAAAAGUUCAGGGGAAAACAUCAUAAAGUAACUCCUCCUAUGUAGCUUCUUCAGAUCAGGAGGCUGCAGGGAGGUUGCAGAAACAUUUACUGGAUAGAGAAACACAAAUGCCACCUCUCAAUGGCAUAGUAAGCUCAAAUCCCCACACCUGUUGAAAUUCUAAAGUGCCAUGUUAAUGAGGUAGAACUAUGGAAGACUCUUGUGGCUAAGGAAGAAAACUUUUACGAAAUCAAAGGACAGAUUUUGGCACAGUGCUUCUCAGAACACACACUGAUACAGUCAAAUGUCACAGUUAACAUGGUAGAGCUUCAUGAUUGUGAUGGAUGUCAUUGGGUAGUUCUGCUUGCAUUUUGCAUCAUCGGUUUAAAAAAUGACAAUAGCUCUCCAAGAAGCAUGUUACUAAUGGGCAGUGUCAAGCGUGGAGUUGGCAUCUCAGAGCCCAGCAAAGUAAACUCAGCCAUGGUAGCAUUCACCAAUGACAACCUUCCCCAAGCUUUUGAUGUUGUUAGGCUCUGACUACCAUAAUCCCUAACCAUUGGCCAUGGUGGCCAGAUCUUCUGGGUUUUGGGGGUUCAGAGCAUCUGGAAGGCACCUGGUUUGGGAAAACUGGUCCAUGAAAUAUUAGACUGCAUAACUGCAAAUGCUUGCUAUAAGUAAAGCAGCUUUUCUCUGGCAGAAAACGGGGGCUAAGCAAUUAAUAAUACUUAGCAUUUUUCUAGCUUUUUUUUAGUGAUCACAUAUGUGAUCUUGCUGUAAUCCCUACAGCAGCUAUGCGAUGCAGCCCAAAUGAUUCAGCAAAAUAAGCUGUCGGAGCAACCUGCUUUUGAGUGUCUGUUCUCAGAGAUAAAACAUUCAGAUAACAAUUGUGUCAGAAUAACCAUAUACAAAGGGUUUUGUUGACAUGCAAGCAGGUGGGUGACAAUUGCUUGUGAGCUGAAUAGAUGCCCAUUUAAGUUUAUAUAGGAUGUGUGGGUGGGGGUGGGUGUAGGUAUAAACACAUUCAGGUCUUUGAAACUAGUGAGGAUGUUUUCUGCAGUAGUUAGGUCAGUGUGAAUGUUUAGGUUUCUGAACCAUAGGAACUAGAAUUACUCUUUUUCCUUGGCUUCAACUCUAACAUAAGUUAAUUUGGAACCAGUCUUAUCGUUUUAUUCUGCCUUAUAUGACUUAAUGGCCGACAUUGCCAUUUAAAUUUGAUAUGAAAUUGCAUUUCAAGAGCUUUGCAGAUUCGGGUGGGGGUGGAAUCAGCCACUGGUUGUGGGGCACAGGAACACUCUCAAAUAGUGCAGUGGAGGCAAUGGAAUUGGCCGCUUCUACUGAGUGGUGCUUUUGAUCCUUCAGGCUAAUGAAUAACAAAUCAAUUGAUUUGACGUGGAAAGGGUGGUUGGAUUAGUUGCAGGUCAGUGGAGGCUGCAGUUCUGCUCGUUAAUUUUUAUUUUUAAAAAUAGUCCUUUCCUUUAGGAAAGAAAUGAAAUUAAAAACAAAUGACAUUAAGAAAAUCAUUGGAACCCAAGAACUGUGAGUCCUGUCUACAGGAUGUUUCCAGCUCUUGCCUGAGGAAGAGAGGGGUGGGUGGGUGGGUAUAGGGCAGGGUCUGAUUGUCUCUCCGUGUUCUUGAGAGGAGUUUCCCAUUGCAGCUCAUCGAAAGGUCCCCCAAGACUCUCCCACGGUCCAUGGUGUACAUCUGCAUCAUCACCUUUGUCAUGGGAGCCAGCAUCCACCUGGUGGGGGACUCCGUCAACCACCGGCUGAUCUUCAGCGGCUACCAGCUCCACUUGUCCGUCCGGGAGAACCCCAUCAUCAAAAACCUCAAGCCGGAGACACUGGUAACGAGAGGUUUUGGUGCUUCCUGCCUGCUUUGUUUCUGCUGCUGGCUAGGAAACUUUCAUUGGCUUGACUCUCAUUUCCUUCCUUUCCAGAUUGAUUCAUUUGAACUGCUGUAUUAUUAUGAUGAAUAUCUGGGCCAUUCAAUGUGGUAAGUAAACUGCAGGGCAUUUCCCACACAUCAGGUUGGAGUAUUGUGUUGGUGUUCCUCGCUCCCCCCACUUUUCUUGGAGGAGAAAAUGCCACUCAAUAAUAAUUCCUAUUUUAUUUCAUAAAAUCUAUACACCAUUUAAUUGUAAAAAACAACAACUAAAAAAAGCAGCUUACAAAGAAAAUAAAACAAUAAUGUCAUCAGUAAAAACAACUCUUUAAAACAUUCAAGGGAUAAAAUCCGUAAUAAACUAAAAACAGAUCAAAUCAAUCACCAACAUUUACAUCUCUUGGUAGGCUUGUCUAAACAAAAAUGUUUUUAGCAUUUAGUGUCAAAGGGACUACAGCAAAGGCAUCUGUCUGAUGUCUAUCGGCAGGGAGUUCCAAAGUGCAGGUGCUGCCAUACUAAAAGAUCAAGUUCUUACAAAUGUGGAACUGAUAUGAUGUGGCACUUGUAACGGGGCCAGUUCCACCAAUCGAAGCAGUUGAGUGAGCAUUUAAGGGGUAAGGCGAUCUUGCAGGUGAACUGGUCCCAGGUUGUUAAGGGCUUUAUAUAUAGCAACACCUUGAACCUUAUGUCUCUUUUGCAAUUGGUUCCCAAAAAUCAUUUGUGACAAUUAAAAUCUUGGCUUGGUUCCCUCUCCUCCACAACAGGUUUUUAAUUAAACUCUGCACAUCUCUUUUGGCUUGAUCCCUUGUGGAGGUGCAUUUUCAGAUCUCUCUCUCCCACUUUUUUUUGGGGGGGGGGGAUUUUCUCACCCUGCAUUAACAGUAGCAUAAGAAGUCCGUUUCUGGUUGUGUCCGCAUUUCGUUCUCAAACAGUCCUGACAGGAGGAAGACGUGACUUUAGAAGGCACAUACAUAAAUGAUUCUCGACUGGGAAGUGGAGGGGGGAGCAGCAGUAAGGACCCAAAAUGAAAUGAGCAUUCUGGAUUUAACAGCGAUAGGCAGCUUGAAUGGAUAACCUUUUCUUCUGUUGCGUGUGUUCCCUGGUAAAAUUGGUGACAUUUAUCCCUGGCUAAUAUGCGGCAGAAUUUGGCUCAGAGAGACUUGACGUCUUUGGUUUCUGGUUAUUGACCUGUGAUGCUAGCCACUGCCCUGGGCUGCAGAGGGAGCAAUGAAAUGUCCUUGCUGCCUCUUAACUUCUGCAUAAGACCUGGAAGAUGGCAGCUUGCAUGAGAGGCCCCCUUGCGCUUUUCUCCCUAAGCCAUUCCUCGCAUCCAGUUCCACCCGGACUUCUCUCGCUGACCUCCCCAGAAGCUCUGUGUUAUCUCCCCAAUCAAUUGUGCUUUCGUUGGUUCGUGUGGCCAUGGGUGGUUGCCAGCUGCGAUUAGAUAACAAACCGAGCAUCUAAGCCAGCCUCUGCUUUUACUUGAUUAAGAGCUAGGGUUAAAGUUAGCGGUUAGUUAGAACAGCCUCCCCCACCAACUGGGGAUGACGGGAGUUGUAGUCCAAGACAUCCGGAGGACAAAUUCACAGAGGAGAGGGCUAUCAUUGGCUACUGGCCACAAUGGCUGUGCUCUGCCUCCACAUUUGGAGGCAGCAAUGCCUCUGAAUGCCACUUGCUGGAAACCACAGGAGGCAAGAGGACUCUUUUUCUUAGGUCUUGCAUGUAGGUUUCCCACUGGCCUCUGGAUGGCCACUGUAAGAAGAGAAUGCUGGACUAGAUGAGCCACUGGCCUGAACCAGUCAGACUCUUCUUAUAAGGGCACCACACUGGGCAAGGAUUGCUUGCUUGCCUGCCUGCUUGCUUGCUUGCUUGCUUGCUUGCUUGCUUGCCUUAUUUAUGAAUGAAUGAAUGAAUGAAUGAAUGAAUGAAUGAAUGAACUUUCUGGCUCUCAGGGCUGUAAGGAGCAGCUUGAAACCAUCUGCAGAGAACCUGGUCAGAUCUCUGGGAAAGGGGACAGAGCACAGACCUUUACUACCACAAUCCUCUUGUUCAGAGACUUCACCCAGUCUUCAUGCUCUUACAGCUGAAGCAAAGAACCCCUCUUUUCUACAUUAAAACUGGGGAGGUGCUUGUUGACAGUGUCUGCUGAUGGCUCCGUUGCAAUUGUGUUCCCUCUCGCAGGUACAUCCCUUUCUUCCUUAUCCUGUGCAUCUAUUUUUCCGGCUGCUUCAUCCCCAUUAAAGAAGAGCAGCAGAGGAUACCUGUGGCUGCUUUACUCCUCAUUGGGCCCAGCAGCCUCUAUUACUGGUAAGUGAGCCAGGUGUGGCUUUGGAGAGGGGGAGGAGGGGGAAGUCAUUUAGAUGCUACACAGCUACAUGAGGCCACGGAUGCAUCAUCGGGGGGUGGGCAGCCAGUGUUCAAAGGCUACUGCGAACAUCCUGAAUCUUAACCAAGAUCACUAGUUGUAACUUGGAAGAGUAGAAUUUGUUCCUCUUAAGUAACACAUAUCUGUUUUUAAUUGUUUUUCUGGAAUAUUGUUUUUCUUCAAGGUUUUGCUGGUGCUGCUUUUAACUGUGGUGUAAAGUUGUCCUAGAUCAGUGGUUCCCAAAGAGCAUGGUACAGCCCUUUGCGGGGGGGGGGGGGUGGACACUAAAAGACAGGGGGCACUGGAGGUGUAAAUGACUAUCAGACCUUGAAAAGCUGGGAUCCUUGAAUCAAAUUCAUCAGUUUUGUUGAAUGAAUUAAUUAAGCUAGAUAGCUUUAUUUGGUUUUUUAAAAAUAAUUGUGCAAUUAAUUACCGUUUUGAAUUUCAUUGUGUUCUUAUCUUCCUUAGAAGGGUCAUGCAAACCGCUAUUCUGAAUCAUGCUUUUUCUAGGGUAGGGGGCCCACUAGGGAUGAGUUUAUGGAAUCAAGGGGACGGUGGCCCGAAAAAGUUUGGGAAACACUGGUCUAGAUCAUUUCAAUAGUUAUCACAACAAUUGUUUGCAACCUGCCUUGAUUCAGAUUUCCUACAGCAAGGCAGGGCACAAAUGUCAGAAAUAAACUGUGUGCUGGGAAGCCAACCUGGGAGACCUCUUACCUGAGAGGCAUCUUCUUCUAGUGCUGAAUGUCGUCGCCUUCCCCAUCUGCCUGCUUUCUCUUCCCUGCUGUAUAAAGAAGCUCACUGACCCGCGUCCCUUUCUCCCCUGUUUGCAGGUACCUUGUCACAGAAGGGCAGAUCUUCAUCCUCUUCAUCUUCACCUUCUUUGCUCUGAUGGCUCUGGUGAUGCACCAGAAGCGGAAAGGCUUGCUCAUGGACAGCAACGGACGCUUCCUUUUCUAUUCCUUCAUCAUCACACUGGUAUUGAUUGCCCUGUGGGUCGGCUGGCUCUGGAACGACAAGAUCCUCAGGAAGAAAUACCCCGGCGUCAUCUACAUUCCGGAACCGUGGGCUUUUUACACCUUGCACAUGAGUAACCUGCACUCUGCAAAGGGGGAGAGCAUUUAACUUUGAUUCUUUGGUUGGGGGGCAGUAGAGAGAGAGAAUUUGAAAAUGCAACCCUUGGCCCCAGUCUGCUCUGCUGCAAGCACCAUUGAAGAGGGCAUGAUGUGUGCAGUGGAUCAGGCCCACAGUACAGCGCAAGAGAAGUUCCUUUCUCCCCCCCCACCACCAAAAAAAAUUCAAUGGCUAAUCCUAAUGUAGCUCAGAUAAAGUGCUGCAUUGUGGUCCUAUGCAGGUUUACAUGGAAACAAGCUCCGCUGAGUUCAUUGGGGCCUACUCGCAAAUAAAGCCAGGCCUACUCAGAAAUAAAUGCUGUUGAAUUCAGUGAGGCUUCAUGCCCACGUAAAUUGGGUUAGGGUUGCAGCCUAUGUCUGUUUAGGAUCACAGCCUUAGUCCGUAAUAAGGGCAUGUGUGGGUUGUACAGAGAAUUAUUUACACCCAUUGGGACCCACCAUUGAACCUGAAAUAUUUGUCUGCUUGAGCUCUAGGUUUCUUCAUCCUUCUGGUUCCUAUGGCUGAUAAGGUAACCUUGUAAACACAUCAGCAGAGUCUGUGAGGAUCUCAGAAACCAGAGAGGAUCAUCUCCAGCAGGCCUCCCAUGGUCAGGGCAGGUUCAGCGCUAUGCAUACCCACUUGUUCCCUGUUUUCCUUCCUGUGUCCUGCAGAAUAAACUAUGCAAAAGAGAAGUGAAUCUGCUUCUUCUGUACAGUCUAGCUUAGUUCUCGCUGCCUUUUUAUUAAAGCCCAGGAUUGGGAGAGGCCCACCAAUGUCUGCUUUUGGUUUUGAGAGCAGCUACUGCUGAAAAUUUCAGUGGGAGUUGCUUUUUUUUGUUUUUGUUUUCUUUAUCUUAAUGGAUUUUGAAAUGCCCUCUGAUCAUUUUGCAAGAGGAAGAAUACUGUUGAUCCCACUGGGGACCCCACUUCUUAAAUCACUCCAUAGAGCCCUGCUGGGCACACCAUCUGAAGCAGCUGGAGGGCACCAGGUUGGAGAAGGCUGUAGAAGAGGCAGGUGCGUGCACACGCACACACAGCCAUGUUCAGAAUCUGAUCCUAAAGCAGAACCUCAAGAAUGGCCCCUGAGGCAUACUGCACCGCUCUGAUCACGCUCUGAUCAGGAAGGCUAAAUUUCUGCCACUUGUCGAAAUGGAUGUUUCCUCCUUGCCGCAUGCCCUCUUUGUUCCACUGUCUGUUGUCCUCUAUGCUUUUCCUCCCCUUUGAUACUCAGGUAGAAAAUUUUUAAUUCUAAGGGAGGUGCACGGUUAUUUCUUCAAAACUUUUUAAGGACUUGUUGAGUAGAACUUUCCUUUGUAGCCUCAAAUUCCUGGACCGAACCUUCAUUGACUGUUCGCCUUCCAUGACUUUGCCUUGUGUACAUUUAUCCUGAGUGUGAUCCAAACCAAGUGGAUGUAAAAGAGUUUGUUGGCAGAGAAAUAAAAGUUUGCUAAAGUCUU